AUGUCGCUCAACAACAACAAUGAAUUAAUUUUAGAAUCAAUCAACCAAGUAUUUAUUAAUCAUCUUUUGGAACAAGACACUAAAAGUUAUCUUGUCGGUACGAUUAGUGAAUCCGUCGAUCAAGUUGAUUUGGAAGAAUCUUUGCUUUUGGCCAUCGAUGAAUUCUCUAUUGAAAGUGAUCAACAACAAGCCAUCACUUUAAUGCGUACUCUUGUCUCUCUCUUGAGAAAGAAGGGUUGUCUUGAAUUCUCAGACACUACCAAGCCACUUGCCGAUCAUCUUGUUUGUAAGGUGGUACAGAAGGAGCCAACUCUCAACGACCCAAAUCUCACAAUGGAUCAGAUUUUGGAUCUCACUCGUUCAAAGUCUGCUGAAACUCGUAGACUCGCUCUUCGUGCUUUCUGUCCAUGCAAGGUCAAGGUAAGUGUGUCUCUACAUUAA